UCCCUGGUUUGCAACAGCAUCAACGAAGGCUGGGAUUACCGUCAACAUAUUUAUAUUGUAUUGGUUAGUUAGGUUAGUGUAUAGAGUCUGUGUCGAGUAAAUGCAUCAGACUGAGAUAUUACACAACAACGUAGGGAAUAAUUUUCAGUUGUUUUAGGUGAGAAUAAAUGGAAAUAAAGGUGGAAAAGGCGAAGACAAAUGGCGGCAUACAAGGUCCUCGAAGGACAUGAUAGGAGCAGAUAGGAUCAACGAGCAGUAUCGCCUGUGUCGCGGUCGCGGCAGGUAAGUAAACGUGAGUAAACGAGGAACUAGGUGAGCGCUGAGCGGUAGAUUAGCGUGGAUUGGGAGGGGAUAUAGGGUAGCGAACGAAUCAUAGGGAGUGAAGUUAGAGAGGGGAGAGUGCCGGUCGGUCGAAUUGCGAGUGUACUGUGCCGGUCUCGGUACUUGCUUCAGUCGCAUCGAGCUACUCGUGGAACGCGCGUCGCGUAGUGCAUGCAUGCAUGCUUGCUUGCGUGCGGUCAGACGUGCCGUGCAUGUGUGUGGUUAUUAUUGUGGUGUACUCGAAGUGGUCGGGUGUGCAUGUGUGCGGACCAUAAGACGGUGUUGCGCGGUCUCUGGACGGUGCAUAUCGCGAUUACUCGUAGCCGUCGUUUCGUCCGUCCGUCCAUCGUGAUCGCACCAAAUGCACGUCUCGAGAUCUGCUCCAACUCCAAGUAACAUCCCUGUGACGUUUCGCAGUGCGAGCGAUUCGUUGAACGACAAAAGAAAGAGGAAGCCGCGUCUCUCGACCCGCGGUUGAUGACUCUUGGAACGAUUGUGCCGAAUACGCGACCGAAGAAGAAGAAGAAGAAGAAGAAGAAGGAGGAGGCAGAGAAAUUGAGUCGUCUCGCAGCCCGUGUUCGUGUUAGUGUUCGUGUUCGUGAUCGUGUUACGUGUUCGUGAUCGUGUUCGUGUUUGUGCUCGUGUUUGCUCGUCUCCCACAAUCACGAUUUACGAAAUUUACCGGUCAUCCAUCGUCGUUCGACUCUCUUUACUGUCGAUUUCUGGCCCCGUUCCCGCGUGUCGCCAGCUAGUUGCUCAAAAUGAAAAUAAUACAGAGGCAUCGACACGCGAUCCUGGCACCUGUGUCAAUUCUGAUACUAUUAUGCGGCUACUUUGAUCUCGUGUCGUCUCGAUCGACGCGUUCUGCCCAACAUCCAGAGAACGAUACCGAUUUCGUGUCCACCGAUUGCGAACGUGUCAAGCCUUUUUUCGAGAGCAAGAGUAUCACGAUUGUCGCCACCAAGCAGAAUGCGCCCGAGGAUACGGGGAAAACAACUUGCAACGGCUUGUGCUGCAACCGAGAAGCCGAAGAACAGUUAAGACAUCAAGCCAGGGCGGAUUUUCACGAUUUGAUCCAUCAUCAUAGUAGAAGUCUGCAAGGUCUUCUGGCAACAACAGCGGAUGCAUUAAGGGAGACCGUGACGAUGCUCGCGAGGCAGUCGGAGAACAAAACGUUAACCCUGUUCGAUCAAGUGUACCGGGCGAUGGCGGUUUUGAGCAAACCUUCGAUAAAAGCAUUGUACCAGGCGAUGGUCGAUUACGUGUCACCGAGCAAUACACCGGACACGCUACAGCAGCCUCUUAGCCGCGACAUGCUUCAAGAACGCUUCAUCGAGUUCUUCACGAAACUGUUCCCCAUCGCGUACCACAACGCUGUCAACCCACACCAAUACGAGCAAGAUUUCACGGAUAAAUUUAAGACCUGCUUGUACGAGACGAUGGACGAAAUUCAACCGUUCGGAGACAUACCGAAGCAGAUCUCAAAGUCGGUCAGCAAAAGCCUAGAGGCGACGCGAGUGCUCGUGCAGGCAUUGACUCUUGGCAAAACGGUCCUCGAUCGAACCGACAGCGUCCUGUUUUCCGGUACCAGUCCUCAGCAGGAAGCCUGCUACGGUGCUCUCCUCAGGAUGACCUAUUGUCCGCGGUGCAAGGGCAUCGGUCCCGCUGUCAGACCCUGCAGCGGAUUCUGCACUAACGUCAUGAGAGGCUGCUUGACGGAACCAGCAUCCGAACUGGACCUCGCGUGGUCCGGUUACGUGGAAACGGUCGAGAGGCUUGUUGUGGCGGUCGACGGUCGUAACGAUCCGUUGGGCCUGAAUGCCGAGAAGGCUGUCAGACAAUUGGACACCCGCAUUUCCGAUGCUAUUAUGCACGCAAUGGAGAACGGGCCCGCGCUCGAGGAGAAGGUGAGAAAAGUGUGUGGUCGAUCGGAGCUGCAGCCAUCGGCAUCGAGCGAUGCGACCGUUACACCUUCGGAUACAGCUGCAACGGGCAAGUCGACGUCGUCGGGGAGCCUCGAAAUGCACGCAGCUGCGCCUCCUCUCACGCAUAGAACAUUGCAAACGCAGUUGCACGUGCAGCUGGGUAAUUUCUUGGCCAGUGUCGUCAGGUCUCGGACCUUCUAUGGUACUCUAGCCGACACGAUCUGCGAGGAAUACCCCGACAAACGAUGUUGGAACGGCGAACACGUCGGAGAGUAUACAAAGACGGUCGUAGACUCGAGUUUAACGUCGCAGAGGUACAACCCCGAGUUCACCAUAACGACCAUGUCACCGACGACGAGCUCCUACGGCAACACCAACACCAGCGUGCUCAUUGACCAAUUAAGGCACAUUAAUUUGAUCUUGCAAUCGCAGCUGGCAUCAGCGCCCGACAGCGGAACAUUGCUCGCCGACGAAGCUUUGGAUGGUUCGGGAAGCGGCGAUAGACAAGUUUGGAGGAAGAAAGGAAAAGGCGACGACAUCGAUAACGACGACGAAGACGCGCAUAGCGACGAUCACGACGACGACGAAGCAUCUGGCUCAGGAAUGGGCCCCACUACACCAGAUCCAUCGGUGAAAUUGAAUCGGGACAAUACGGCCACGGCUGGUUCAUCGAACGUGCUCUUAUCGUCUCUCGUCUUGAUAAUCGGUUGCGCGCUCUUGAUGGCUUAAAUUGCACCAGAAAUCGGCGCGAAAAAGGGGAAAAGUGAUUCGAUGAUCCGCGACCUAGACAUAGAAAAGACGACUUUGGAUCUCGCGUCAGCGAAUAGGCUGAUUCUGCUCGACACGCGAGAACGAUUCGACUUUGGGUGCUGAGAAUCUGCUUUAUAGGUAUUUAUCGUGCUGACGGAACGGAACAGCUGCGUGGAGCGUAUUUCCGGAAACAGCCAACGAGCCGAGAAAGAUUCGUAAGCAACAGCGAAACCAGUGGAAUCGUUCGUGUUUUCGGCUCGUUGGUUGGUGCAACCAGUCGAUUAUUCGACAAGUGUCGCGGAACGAACCCGAAGAGACAUUUUCCGUGAGAUUGUUCCGUGCAUGGGAGUCGUAAGCGAGGAUCGGCGCGGACCGGCAGAAAGCAAGAAAAGUGCAAACGGAGAAAUGAUUGUAACGUUUCCCGUGCUACGGCCGCCACGACGGAUGAUGUUUUCGCAGUCACUAUCUAGCAAUCUUCGCGAGAAAGAAAUGGCUGUUAACGAUGGGGACGAAGAUGUUUGGAAACAUUACGCGAAAGAAGAAAACAACGUGAAACGGAUUUUUACGGUUGUACAUUUUGUUUGUCGCGAACGGAGUCGGAGAAAUUUAUAUUUAGAAAAGCAAGACUGUGUAGAGAAAAUUUAAAACAAAGUUCAAUUUUUGCCGAGUCGUAGAGAAGUAUGUCUCUCGAGGAUGCUUCAAAGGAUGAAUAAAUUAACGAAAGAAGAAACUCGAUGAGAUUCGGGCUAAUUAGAAACAUUUUAUCAACGAUCCUCGCGCAAAGACUCGACGUUAUCUAUUCCUUUGACCGAACUCUUGGAAUCGAUCGUGAAGGAAAGGAACGACUACGAGAAGAGUAUACCGCAACUUUGAACACCCAAAGGAUGACUUUAUGUCGUUUACGCGUAUUAUUAGUCGUGACAAUUGAAACGUUGCCAUAUUUAAUUGAAGUGAAACGUUGAGAAGGCGCAACCGAAGACGCGUAUCAAGAGAUCGUGUGUAUUUAUCGGAAAUGUACAGAAAUUUGGAAACGGACGGAACGUACCGCAAUAUCGAGCAAUAAUUACGCAUCAAUUUAUACGCACACUUUACUGCCAACGUUUCGAACAACGAGCAAUUAUGUAGCAGCUUCCGUACUACGUGAAAUCAAAGUGUCUUUCCUAUUUGAAAGUAUCGUCAUCGUUAUCGUCAUCAUCACCAUCAUCAUCAACAUCAACAUCAACAUCAUCAUCAGCAGCAGCAGCAGCAGCAGCAGCAUCAACAUCAACGUAGCCGUGAAAGAGAUUUUUUGCUUCCAAGUUCGUGGCUUUGAAUAAUCAGCGGGAGGAAACCGAAGUGGAAAAACGCGACUACAGUGCCUCGCAUCUUGCGUUGUUCUUCAUCGACGCAUAAACUGUUUCGUGGCGAUGCCCAUUGUCGUUGGCGUCGAUACACGGACUAAUGACGAGGAAUUCGAUCCUCGUCGGGUGAUAUCGCGUGUGCAUGCCAUAUGUCAAAGCUAACUGCCAAAACGCCAGUUACGUGACUGAAGCUGGUUUCAGUGACACUUGGUUGACUCGGAAUACAACGAGGAAGAUUUCGAUUCCUCGUUUCGCGGGUUACGUUUUCCUUUCAACCCUUUUCCCGUCUCUCCGAUAGCUUUCAUCGAGACGAACAGUUCCCGAGAAUAGUCGCGAGACGACGAGCCUAUUUUGCACGCACCAGCUUCAGCCUUGCGAAAGUAACGUUUAACAAGUGGAAACGAUCGCGAUUCCAGUCGCUUAUUCGUGACCAUUGCGCGAUGCUUUCCACGAGAAGGUCGAAUUUACGGUUCGAGUUCGCACGUGCCAUCGAAUCGUACGGUACCGACGUCGAUUGUUUAAAAUUUUCGUUAUUUUACCAGGUAAAAUACUUACGGAGUGGUUGACGCGUUACGGGGAGCUAUAUGGAAACGUAUGCGAUUUCUGACAAAUCAAAUGAAUCGAGAGCUCCAUCAAACCUUGGACGUCUAAUUCUUUGAAGAAAUUUAUGAGAAUGAUUGCGUGGACGUAAAAAGAGACCACGUUUAGUUCUCGACAUACCAAAAUUGAAUCAUUGAUAAUCAAGUGUCCAGUGCCAUAAUUUUUAUUACUAUUUUAUCGAAAAUGUAAAGAUGUUCGUUUCAUGCUUCCGAUUCCUUUUCCACAUUGUCUUUAUUUGUCCCGUAUUAGUUAAAUUUUUUGAUACCGCUCCCGAGUAUCUGUCCGCCAAACUUUCUUUGGUCUCUUAUAAUCCGAUAUAAUUGUCCACUAUUUGCUCGAAUACUCGUUCGAAUGUGUUCAUUAUAAGCGAAUAUUUUUCCUCGAUUACAUCCACUUAUAAACACGCGCUUCGUUAAGAUUGUCCCCACCACUUGCCCAAGUUACUCGUAUGGAUUCGAUGAUAGCAAAUGUUUUUUCCGCGGAUGGAAAAAUACUUGGGAGCGGUAAUGUAUUUCUCUUGGAUCUGUUUAUAUUGUAUUAUAUAUUUAGAUACUUGAAGUGCCAAAAUGAAAAAGAAGAAAAACCAGAAAAAUGAAGUAGAGCGCUAACCGCGAGAAAGUAUCGUUGUUUACGCCUUAAAGCGAAAACAUGUUCCUUUGAAACGUCAAUAUUUUCGACGUGUAAACAUUCGAAGCGAAGCUCGAUUUCGGCGGUUUGAUUUCCAGCUAAAACGAUUAGACGCAAGGAAGAAAAUCGUGGAAGCUAGCGAAACGGGAGCCUGUCGGUGUAUUACGGCGGUAAGGGUCGAUUUGGCGCCCCGACGGCCGCACUGAUUUUGUACAUUUGGUUUUCUGAAUCUUCGAGUAUUAGUGCCUUUUUGAAUAUCCCUGGCCCCAGCGUCGUGUCAUCUCACGCCCGACAGAAGGAACAAGAGAAAGACCGUGCGUAUGCGUGUGUGUAUGUGUGUGCGCGUAUGCGAGGGAGAGAGAGAGUAUAGGGCAACAGGAUUGUAUAAGGCAUUCGUGCUGAAGCAUGUGUAGAGGGUGUGACCUUCUUUUCCUCCUGUUUAAUUUUUUCUGCGGAAAACUCGCCUAAGCAAUCUUGACCUCUAACGUAGACGACCAACCGCUUCUCGUGCUACCAAGUCGUCGAGGACAAGUCUCGUCUGUUUCGAAACUCGUAGGCGUCGACCAAUCGACAUUUUGGAACAAGUCCAGACUGUUCGAACGUAAAUUCGGGCAAAGUUCGGCCAACAACCGGUGUUUGACGCGUCGACGAGUGAGGCCAAUUUAACGUGACUCGAGCACAAUUGUCAGAAUUUAAAGUUGUAAUUCUUCAAGUCCAUAAUUCGCUUUGUCGGUGAUAUUUAGGCAGCAGGCAUUGAAAUAGACGUUGACGCGUAGGUCGUCCUUAAAACUCAUUUUGUCGUCCUCGGCCCCGAACGCGGUUCCGUGACCUCUUUGAUCGCGACGAUACUAAUUUAUAUCCCUAUUAAUGGCACACGCCUCCCGUAUAAUUUAGAAGAGUUAUCUCGUUGAAUGCGGCACUUACGGAGUAAGAAGGAAGUGGCCUUACGUUCGAACUCCUUCGAUACGUGUUGCUUCGCUUUACGCGUAAAGCAUCGUUGAGACUCUACGAACGAUCAUUUAUUUAUAUUGCUCUUUGUUAUACAUGUUUUUGUGGUGCUAUUUUAAUAAAAUGACGAUUAAUAAAAGUGAUAUAUUUAAACCAAACGAAUUGUAUUAAUGCUCCGAUGAAAAAAGAAACAAUCGUUACGGUCACACAUUUCUCUUUUUCUAUUGAGAUUCUCUUUUUAAAUUGGCUCUUUGAACGUUGAAUGGCUCCGAUGGCGAACUCAAUUAAAGUGGUGGUACAUAUUACUACCUACCGUAAACUUCCCCGCUCGACAAAUGCACAAUAUAAAAUACGUGCUUUCUUAAUAUCAAAGAAAAACUUGAUCGAGCACCAAGACGUGUCUCUGUUACACUAACCAGCUAUCCACAUCCUCAAUUUGUCAUGCCUCAACUACAAUAUUAUACAUACUAUAUAACGCUGCAAAGAAACAAUCCGUAUAAAUCGCGAAAAUUUAAGCUCUAAUUUCUCGUAUUACGUUAAUCACAAUGUUACACCAAAUGCCUAUUACGAAUGCAAUUUAAACGCCAAUGAGACUGACAAUGAACGCGUACAAAGGAUACACUCGAGACAGCCAGGUUCCGCAGUGAAAACGAAUGAUUCACGAUACCACGGACACAUUUAUUCGCAUAUAAGCAGUAAAAAGAGGAUUUAAUUGAUCUUAAUAAAUGUACACGACUGGCCAACUGUUGGAAAAAAAUUCCAACCAACCGCGAGUCAAGAAGAGGUUACAUCCUCGUUUUAACGAACAACGGCCACAAGCCAAUUGACUCGACGGUACUGUUUAAACCAUUGUGUUUUAAUAACUGAUCCUACCAGCUGAUUCUCAUCGGGCGCGAGCCGCUAAACGACGCCGACGACACGAGCUUUUUACUUUUCCCAUUAUUCGCUGGCCGUCGUAUUUAAUUUACUCUUUGAAAUUGUUACGUCGCAGAAAUAUACAAGCACUAUUUUAUUUGAAAAUAUUCAUGUAAUAUUUAAUCGAAAAGGAAAAUAUCAUCGAUUCGACGUACCGUUGGCAUCGGCGUCGGCGUCGGCGUCGGUUUCUCCGUCGCGUCGAUCUGGGACAAAGACAAACGACACUCUUAAAAGUCAGGAAGUACGUCUUGGUAAAUAUCCAUCGAAAAAGGCAGUUAUGGCUCUGAAGCGGUGGUUUGCGGAACGAUGUUGGUUCAAAUGUAUUUAUUUACUUUGCUAACACCGUUUGCGCUGAAAGUUGCUGGUAAACUUUCAUUCACUUUGAUCGCACUUUGGUAUUACCAUAACGAAUACUUGCCAUCGUUUGCUACAUUGGUUUUGUUUUUCGUUUGUUUUAUUUUACUUUAUUUUACGUUGAAAUAAAGAAAUUUAAUCGAAUAAUCGAGCAAAUGUUGUUUUCGACUUGCACGGUAUUUCGACUUUCGAGGAAUCGUGUAAAUCGGGAGGUAGGUGCAUCGGAAAAGAAAAUACACGAUAACGUCGAAGACGGGAAGAAAAGUUGAGCCGAUUUAAUUCGGGCUCGUUGCGCUCAGGCUUCUGUUCGACGAAUUUGCCGGGUUGGUUCUCGCUCGGACAGAGUUCCGGCGCAACUUUUACUCGCGUAUAGAAAAUAAACCGCGAAACGAGCGCGCAGUCUGGACUCUCUCCGAGUAUCGCGAGUUCAACGCGAUCAGAAGGGGAAAAGAAGGGAGCGAAACGAAGAAAAUUUAUACGAACGAGUAAAAGUGAGAAUGUAGUAAAAGUUAAACAGAAAAGCACCGAGGGAGUCUUGUAUAUACCGAAUGCGUGCUGUAUUUAUAUAUUAUAGACGAUAUACAUAAACAUAUAUACGUUUACUACUAACGUCGACCUAAAACAGUGUUUUCCAAAGUGAAAGGUACUGCCCUGCGCGCUGUGCCCUGCGUUUCAAAGGGGGUCGCAAAAGAAGAUUUAAAGCGUAUAUUUACCCUGACUUUCGAAAACCAAAUAUUGCCGCAGAGUAUUCUUACAGAGGACACUGAACAAACUUGAAAAGCAGCAAGGUUUUGCUUCCGUAAGAGUACUUUGUUCUAUUAUCACGCUAAUUUUACGCGUAAAUAACUGUGCCGAAAGUAUGAGAUCAUUUUAGCGGUUUAGCCUAGCGAUACACUCACGGUAUAUCCGUGAAGGCGAAACCGAACGCUCUUCGUUCGCUCUUCGCUGGUUCGUGUCAAUUGUUUUAGAAUGGAACUCGAAACUCGCUUCGUAAUCGCGUAAUUUUCCAUGCUCGAACCGAAGCCCACCUGUCCUCUUUGAUACCGUUGCUGCGGUCAAAUUCUUUCAGACUUUCGCAUUUAAGACGCGAAUGCGAGUUAAUCGUUCGCGCGACGGAAACGUUUUUCCCGCUUUAUAUUUCUUACCUUUGUGACAGCGUACGACCGAAUUUCCACGUGCAAGUGUGCCGGUUUAACAAAGUUACUUUACGGUUUUAUUUUCCAUGCGUUUCAACGGUUACAAUUCGCGCAGGUGAUUGAUGUUACGAUACAAAUUUACCUUUAAAACUGUGAGAAAUAUUGAAAAAGUCGUUAUCAUAAACACUGACCUCGACGAUUUAUAUAAUGGCGCUAUCGUCAGUCCAGAAAUUUCGUAGGACCAGUUCGAGAGCGUUUCGUUCCACGUUUCAGAGAUUAAAAUCGAUUUUUGUGAGUUUGUAAAUACAUCAAUGAACGAAAAUAAAUGGAAAGUGUUGAAACUGAA